AUGGCCGUGAAAGGAAUCCUCACCUCCCAGUUGACAUAUGACGGACUAACUGUCAUGAAUAAGAUCUUGGUCCUCUCCGAGAAAGGCACCACUUUAUUGUGUGGGAAGGCACUGAAGGAUUUUGGAAUUAUGGUACCUGACCAAGAGAAGGCAAGCGUUGGUUUGCAACUAUAAGGAUCGUUUCAUCGAAGGUCUGGACAAAUGCACAAAGCUGGAUGUACAUUUAAGCGUGAAGGAAAAUUCGAUCCUAGUGCAUCGAACCGCUCUUCCCCUUUUUCUUGCCGUUAAAGAUCAAGUGAAUGCCGAAAUGGAUUGUCGUCCGGAGAAUGGAACCCUCGUAAAUGUUGAUACCGUCGAAUGGACCGCUCCGAUUGCUGUUGUUUUACGCGAAUUUCUUGAUUCGCGUAAGACUCCAAGAAAACACCCUUAAUUAUAGGAUAAUCGGAGACGUCCAAUUUUGGUUACUUUUCGGAAACAUCUUGUCCUAAUCCUACACAAUGCUUCAAAAACAAGGGUGCUUGCAUUCACGCUUCCUCCAGGCAGUUUCAAAUACAUGGAGAGACAAGCUUCUACCUUGACGUCUGACUUUCAACUGGCUCCAACUGAAGACAUUUAA